AUGGUAGAAGUUGUAUUCGAUGGCGGCCUCUGGCCAGAACCAAUAAUGCAUGUCACACAACGCGAAAUUGCCUUCUUCGACCGCAAACGAAACAACCCGGUCUAUGAAGUCAUCAAUAAACUCGGAAUCUGCUCAGCGAAGGCUCAAUGUCUGAAAAACCCAAUCACAAGCUGCGAUCGAAUUAAUGCCACCGAUGACCCGCAGGGGGUAUAUUUACAUUGGAAGAAAACCGGAGAGAAGCGCUCGGAAUUCCAAGGCAUGUUGAAGGUCGGCAGAAGAAGCUUAUAUCUGAGAAAUCGGGACGACGUCCUAUUCAAUGAAACUAUGCUUUGUGUAUUGGAUUUCUACGUUUGCGAGGGUGAAAGGAAUAAGGGGAUUGGCAAGGAAUUAUUCGACAAAAUGCUUGAGGAAGAAGAUGUGCAACCGUAUCAGAUUGCCUAUGAUAACCCCUCGAAAAUGCUUGUGGCGUUCUUGAAGAAGCACUAUAACCUUGAUGAUCCGAUCAAGCAGUCGACUGGUUUAUUGGUUUUUGAUCCAAUUUUUGAAGAUAAGGCGCCGUACGAGCCUACUAGCUCGAGGAGUAUUUCGCGGAUGACCUCUCCAUCAAGAAGAAUGUCAGAAAUGGUCGGAGUCAACGAAAAGGGACACCUAAGCGCUGGCACUAUUAUUCACGGUGACGCACCAGAAAACCUCAGAAUCGAAUACGACCCAGAUACCCCAAUCGGAAUGAAACAUCACAGAGAUCUCGGCCAUACUCCACUUUGGAUGAAGUUGAAAUACCAAGGACAGCUUCUACCACAACAGGUGGGCGCAGCUAGGGUAUGUGCCAUAGCAGCCACCCCAAACGGCUCGAAAGUGGCCGUUGCCACUUCGGAUCGAGCUAUCGUGCUUUUUGACGAAAAAGGAGAACAACGCGAACGUUUUGCUACUAAAGCUAUUGAUGCAAAGUUUGGAAAAAAGAGCUACGCGAUCCGUUCGGUAUGCUUCAGCCCAGACUCUACACAACUAGCCGUUGGACAAUCUGAUCAUGUCGUCUAUGUUUAUAAACUCGGAGCAUCAUGGGCCGAAAAGAAAGUGAUCGUCAACAAACUACUGCAGACAGCCAGCAUAUCCGCGCUGUCAUGGCCAUUCGAGGACAAGCUUCUCAUUGGGUUGACCGACGGAAAAGUUCGGAUUGGAUUGAUCAAGAGCAACAAAUGUUCAUCGCUCUACAAAACGGAACAACCAGUUGUUUCAUUGGCAACAAACCCAAGAAAGACAGCAUUUGUGUCCGGACAUUUUGAUGGAAGUAUCAUCCUCUUCAUCUUUGCCAGCAAGUCCCAGAGCAAAAUCUGCACCCAUCAAGUCACCCCAUACUCUCUCGUGUUUACAGCCCAUGGGUUAUUGGUGGCGGGGAGCGAUAGGAGAAUCUACGCUUACACGGAGAACGGUGUCGUGCAACAGCAAUGGGAUUUUUCCGAUGAGCAUGAAAAGGAGUUUUCGGCGAUUUGUCGUGAUCCGACAGGAACAAAUGCGGUGGUUGGGUCUUAUAACAAGUUGCGAUUAUUUUCGUAUAAUCUUCGUCGUGGUGCCUGGGAUGAAGACGCGCCUUUGGUUAUUAACAAUAUGUACACGAUAACAGCCUUGGAAUGGAAGGGCGAUGGAAGUGCUGUGUAUUCGGGAACCUUAAAUGGUGGCGCUACAACGAUUGACUGCUCAUUGAAGAAAGGAAUAAUUCGGUCACGUUUUGAAACGACCCAUGUGGCGCCUUCGCACGUCAUUUUGAGGGACAUUUCAAAUGAAUCGAAAACGAGCAUCAUUUCAAAUAAGGGACUACAAAUCGACGAUAUCAAGGUGACUGGCAAAGAUUUAUUUGUUUUGGCCUAUACGGCUAGUACGUUGAUCAUUGCGGAUACGCAGAGCGGAAGAUCUUCGGAAAUCGAUUGGUUUAGUGGGGGAAAUGAAAAAUUCUAUUUUGACUAUCCAAAUGUUGCGGUAAUUGUAAAUGCGGGAGAAGUUACAGUAGUGGAAUAUGGCAUUGACGGAGCAUUAGGAUGGGUUCGAACUGAAUUAGGAUCAAAGCAUCUACUCAGCCUACAAGUUCACCCUGAUAAACAUGGAAAGCCUAUCAAAAAGAUUGCAUAUUUGGCCGACCCAACUACAAUCACGAUAUACAAUUUUCUGACAUCGCAGCAGGAAGCAUUAAUCGACCAUAAGAACAAAAUAGAUUGGCUGGAGCUGAGCGAAGGUGGAAGCCGCUUACUUUUCCGUGAUAAACGCUCCCGAGUGACACUCGUUGAUUUGGAAACCGAUGUCCGGAGUAGUCUACUCAAUUUUUGUUCCUACGUUCAAUGGGUGCCAAAUAGCGAUGUCAUCGUUGCCCAAUCAGGAGAAAAUUUAUAUGUUUGGUACAAUCCUGAAUACCCAAAUCAACCGACGAUCACACAAGUUCGCGGUGAAAUCGAAGCGGUUUUGAGGGAUAAUGAUCGAACGGAAGUGAUAGUGCAGGAAUCAAAAGCAAAAGUCGCAUACGAAUUGGACAAUACGCAGAUUGAAUUUGCGGCUGCGUUGGAAAGCUCAGACUUUGAGAGAGCUGUUUCUUUUCUCGAGAAAACACCAGAUCAGGAUGAAGCGUAUUUGAUGUGGCGUAGAGUAGCUUAUUUGGCUAUGGAGCAAGGAAAGCUUUUGAUAGCUCAAAGAUGCUUUGCUGCUAUGGGCGAUGAAACCAUAAAAAUGGCGAAAGAUGCUGCGAAGAGCAUUGGUGGUGAUGGGUCGGCCCAUUACAAAGUCCGAGCAAAUAUUGCUAGGAUUAACAAGAAAUUUAAAGAAGCAGAGAAAAUCUACUUGGAGCAGAACGAUAUUGAUGAAGCAAUCGGUAUGUAUAAAUCGUUGCAUAAAUGGGAAGACGCGUUGGAGCUUGCUCGAGCUAGGAACUAUCCUGGCUAUGAACAACUGCGAAUUAGCUAUCAUAGAGCAUUAGCGGAAACCGGACAAGAAGCUAAAGUGGCUGAGCUGAAAGCUACGGAGGGAGACCCGCGCUCUGCCAUCCAACUUUUCCUCAAAUCCAACCAACCCACAAAGGCAUUGGCUGUAUUGACAAGCAAAGAAGAUCUAAUAAGAGACAGUAUUAUGGUUGAAGAUAUUGCGACAGCCUUGCUGAAAAAUCGGUUCUUUGAGAAGGCUGGGGAUCUCUACGAGAAAACAAAAGACUUUGAGAAAGCCUUUGAAAGUUUUGUUGAGGGGAAAGCUUAUCAAAAAGCUAUCCAGAUUGCUAGAUUUGCAUUUCCGGAUCGUGUGGUUGGGAUUGAAGAAGAAUGGGGAAAUCAUUUGGUCGCUCAGGGACAACCAGAAGCUGCCAUCAAUCACUUUUUGGAAGCGAAUUGCACGGAAAAAGCGGUUGAAGCGGCGAUCAAAGCCAAAGAAUGGAGCAAAGCUGUUCAGAUCGUCGAUGUUAUUCAAGAUACCGAACGAUCUCAUACGUACUACGGACAAAUUGCCGAGCACUAUGCUUCUAUUGGGGAAUUUGAUCGCGCAGAACGUCUUUUCAUCGAAGCAAAUCUACAGAAACAAGCGAUUGCCAUGUAUAUCAAAGGCAGCAGAUGGGCCGAUGCAUACAGGCUAUCAGAAGAGUUCCUCGGAAAGGAAGAAACGGCUCAAAUGUAUGAUAGAAAGGCUGAAGAAUUGGAGGAACAAGGAAGAUUGGCUGAAGCCGAGCAGCUUUACAUAUCAAUUGGAAUGUCUAACAAAGCUAUCCAGAUGUAUAAAAAGGCGAAUCGUAAUGAAGAGGUUGUACGACUUGUUGGGCAAUAUCACUCGGAGCAUUUACUGGAAACCCAUAAGCGGCUAGGCGAAGAACACGAAGCUGCUGGCGAUCUCAAGGGUGCGGAGGAAGAAUUUUUGAAAGCCGGCGAAUACAAAAUGGCAAUAGAUAUGUACAGGAAAGCUGAACAAUGGAGCGACGCGUACCGGUUGGCAAAGACGGAGGGAGGAGAUACAAUCCAGAAACAAGUCGGCUUUCUCUGGGCUAAGAGUUUGGGCGGUGAUGCGGCUGUGAAGCUCCUAACUCGAUUCAAUAUGCUCAGUGAUGCGAUUGAUUUUGCCAUCGAGAAUGGAGCGUUCGACUUCGCGUUUGAUCUGGCAAAGCUGGGAAUGAAGGAAAGAUUACCAGAGGUUCAUACUCGUAUCGCGGUGCAAAUGGAGGAAGAAGGACGGUUAGAAGAAGCAGCAAAACAUUACAUUGAGGGCGGAAAGGCCGAAGAAGCGGUUGCAAUGUUUAUUCACGAUCAGGAUUGGACAAAUGCGGAAAAGAUUGCCAAUGCUGGUCGUCCUGACAUCAUUAUGAGAUAUUUCAAAGAGCAGGCAAUGUGGCCUGACGCGUUAAGGAUUGCCAAGGAAUAUCUACCAAAUCAGCUAUCAUCCUUACAAGAAGAAUUUGACAAAGAAGAGCUGCGAAGUGGAGCUCGCGGAGUCGAGUCAUUCCUUGCCCAAGGCCGUGAAUGGGAGCAAAAUGGAGAAUACUAUCGAGCAGUUCAAGCGUUUUUGAAAAUCUCCCCUGAAAUGACAACAGACACCGAGCUUGUUAGACAGAGCGCACUAAAAGCUGCCGAUAUCGGGAUGAGGUUCCUGAUUGGCGGGAAUGGACAGGAAAUAUUUAGCGAGAUUUUACAAAGACUCAGCGAGGUUGGGGAGCAUGAGAAAACAGCGGAGCUGUUGCUGGCUCUUGGAAAUACAGCUGAUGCGAUCCACGCGUUGUGCGAGGCUCAACAAUGGGGCAAGGCCAGACAGGUCGCAAAUGAAUUCAUGCCCGAAGCAUUGGCGGAAAUUGAUGCAGCUUAUAAGAAUAGUCUGAAGAGUGAAGGUCGCUUGGGGGAAUUGAUCGAUGUCGAUGCUAUUUCCGCUAUCGAUUUACUAAUCGAGAGAGGGCAAUGGGAAAAGGCCAUCGAAACGGCUAAACAGCAAAAACAUGGACCGCUCCUCGACAAAUAUGUUGCAAUGUAUGCGUCGCAUCUUAUUUCCGAAGGUGAUUACGUGAAAGCCUCAAAGCUCUUUGAAAGAUAUGGGGCUGCUGGAAACGAAGAAAACUUCAAUAUUUAUAAGACGUUGUUCGACUCUGUCGUUGGUGUUCGAACCGACAACCCAGAAGAGGAAUACGAGCGGAUUGCCUUGAUUCGAAAUGUUUAUCAGCAAAUUGUUCGUGGUCUCGAAAAUGGGAAUAGUCGGCAUUUCGAUUUCUUCUACCGGCAAAUGUUGGCGCUACAUAUGAUGUGUAUUCGGAACGCAAUGUUAAUUGCCGAUGAACUAGAAUCGAAGAGAACCAGGCUGAAGCUAUCAAUUGCGUUGCUACGGUAUUCCGAUGUGUUACCCCCAGAUCGUGUUUUCUACGAAGCCGGAAUUUUGGCGAGGGAUGUCGGAACGGAAUAUGAAGGAUGCGCUUUCCUAUUUCUUAACCAUUACCUUGAUUUGCACGAGGCUAUUGAAGACGGCUCCCCAGAUAUGGUCGAUUUUGCGCCAUUUGAAGGAACCGAAAUCCCAACCGAGGUCACGAUCCCCGAGAAAACAUUUCUGGACGGCCCAGAGCACGAGGAGAUCAAGGAAUGGGUUUUGGCCAUAUCCGUCGACGAUAGUGCAAAUAAGAAUUUGAUAACGGACCGAAGGGGGUGCUUUGAGGCUAACCUGGAGCAUAAUGGCGAGGAGAAGCCGAUGGACAUUAUUACAGGUUAUCCAAUCCUGAAUUCGAUCGUUGAUGUUGGGAAUAAUGUAUAUGCCGACAAGGAGGAGCUGAAUCGUUAUAUGAUAGCGUUGCGCAAAAAUCCGACGGAUCAACUUCAGGAUGUUUCGAAUUUUAUUUCAAAACUGGCUAAGAGUUCGUUGGGUCUGCAACUA